AUGUCGGAGAAAAAUCGUGUCAACACCAGCCCCGUCACGACAGCUCCCAAAGAUUCCAGCGCGCUCACACAUCUGAUCCGCAGGCUCGAGGCUGCCACUUCUCGAUUAGAAGACAUUGCCUCUUCCGCCUUUGAGCCUUCAUCCAGCGCCCAUGGCUCCAUAUCAGCCGCUACGCCCUCCGCCGGCACCAAGCCAUCAUCCAGCGCACCCGACCUUCCUACCAUCUCCCAAACCGACAGCGCAUCAACCGUGAAGCCCGCAGCCGAACCUCUACCCGUACCGAUCAGUGAUAUGGAUGCCAUCAUGGACAAUGAAGUGAAGGCUUUUGUGGAUGCUAGCAAAGGAUUGGAUCCGUUGAUUGAAGAGCAAGCAACCGCGGUCGCAAAGGGGUUUGCGGAUCAGAGACGAUUUCUGGUCGUUACGACCAAGGCAAAGCGACCAGAUCCGCAGUCACAGACAUUUAUGGACCUACUGAAGGAUCUCCAGCAAGACUUGGGCACCGCAGGUGACAUUAAAGAUAGCAACCGUGGCUCUCCAAUGAAAGAGCACUUGGCCAUGGUAGCAGAAGGCAUCAGUACUCUGCAAUGGCUUGUCAUGGAUGGCAAGCCGGCAGACGUGGUUGCGGAGAUGAUUGGAGGUGCGCAGAUGUAUGGCAACCGUGUGUUGAAAACUUAUAAGGAAGGCGAUCAAGCACACGUCAAAUUUGUCCGAUCAUACUACGCUCUUCUCCAAUCGCUGCAAUCAUACAUCAAGAAGCACUUUCCAGCUGGAGUUACGUGGAACGCCUCUGGAAUUGACGCAGCCCAAGCGAUGCGAGAGGUCGAUGGGGCACCAAGUACGAACGGAGUUGCUUCGCCAGCGCCUUCAACAGCAGGAGGCCCGCCGCCUCCACCACCGCCUCCUCCGCUUCCAAACUUCGACAAUGCACCUCCACCACCUCCGGCGCCGCCCGGUGGUGCACCCAAAGCAGCUCCUAGCGAUAUGGGUGCCGUAUUUGAGCAGCUGAACAGGGGCGAGUCAGUCACAGCUGGCCUGAAGAAGGUCGAUAAAAGCCAAAUGACCCACAAGAACCCUUCGCUACGAGCGAACUCAACGGUACCGAGCAAAGACACAAACGAGAUCAACCGGAGUAGGAGUCCAGGUCCAGAGAUCAAGCCAAAGCCUCAGAGCAUGCGCCAAAAUAGCGCAGCAUUACCGCCCAAGAAGGAGGCGAAAAAGGAGUUGGACGGCAACAAGUGGCUCAUCGAAAACUUCGACUCUCCUUCGGCUCCAGUCGAGGUUGAAGUCAGCCUUCAGCAGUCACUACUAAUAACCAAGUGCAAGAACACCACAAUCGUCCUCAAAGGAAAGGCGAAUGCCAUUUCAAUCGACAACUGCCCACGGACACAAGUACUGGUCGAGAGCCUUAUAUCUUCGGUGGAUGUCAUCAAAAGCCCGAACUUUGCCAUUCAAAUCACAGGAAGCUUGCCAACGAUCAUGCUGGACCAAGUCGAUGGAGCUAGUGUAUAUUUGAGCGCCGAGAGUUUGCACACUGAAGUCUUCACCAGCAAAUGCAGCUCUAUCAACAUUGUGCUUCCACCGGAGAAGGAAGAGGACGACAGCAAGGAAUGUCCACUGCCAGAGCAGAUUGUCACAAGAGUGAAGGGCGGCAAGCUCGUAAGCGAGAUUGUGGAGCAUGCCGGCUGA